CACCAUUACCACUCAACACCCAUCUCGAGGCACCCCCUUGUGCUUCUUCGCGCCAAUCCAGCAGGCCAAUUCACCGGCUUCGAGCGGGCUGACGAGUGACUCAGCGGCUGCCUUGCGCCUCCCAGACAGAAUCUCUCCCCCGAAACUCCGCAUCCAUACACAGACACACACGACUACCCACCAUGACCAUGGCUGAGAAGCGCCCCUAUCCCGAGGGGCAGGGCCCGAAUAGCGAUGUGAAGCGCCCGAAACCAUCAGAUGCUGUCGAAGCUGCAAAGGCUAGAGCCAAAGCAAAGGCCGCUGAAAUUGCAGCCCGAUUCGCGAAGCCCGCUGCCUCUCCAACCCCCCCACCGCCGGCGGCUGGGGCAAGCGACGCGGUUCAGGACAAACUGGCAGCCAUGAAGGCGAGGAUGGAGGCGCUGAAGGCGGGCUCAGCAGCAGCCAAGCCCCCCGCCCCCGAUUCCACAGGCCCACGCUUUGCGACAACCCUGGGCAACCGUCGCUCGGAAACGCCCAAGGUCGAUGCGAAACCCAAGGCCGCUAUGAUGAGCCAAAAACAACCGCAAGACGAAGAGCUGGAGAACCCCUACUUUGACCCCAAGACUGCUGCCCUUGCCAAGAAGAGGGGCCCCCGUGUCCUCUCGUUCAACGAACAUGGAAAGUACCUCGACCAGGCCUCGAAGCUACGCGCACAACGGCGACUCGAGGAGAUUAAAAAGACGCUCGCCAUCCAAGCCCGCCGCGCUGGUCUUGAUGAAAAUAGCGAACGCGGAUUCCUGGUUCAGCCCCCUCCGGAUAUUGAAUGGUGGGACGAGGGUAUCCUAGUCGAGCCCAACUACGAUUGCAUCGACGACCCGUCCAAAGUCAAGGUUGACACCGAUGAUUCCAUCAUAACACUAUAUGUCCAGCAUCCGCCGCUACUUAAAGCGCCCCAAGAUCAGCGCUUGGUCCAAGUUAAGCCCAUGUAUCUUACCACCAAAGAAACACAGAAGCUACGCAGGAUGCGCCGUGCUGCAGACCUCAAAGAACACCAGGCUAAAAUUCGUCUUGGUCUUGAACCGCCACCACCACCAAAGGUCAAGCGCGGUAACAUGAUGCGUGUCAUGGGAGAGCAGGCCAUUGCGGAUCCCACGGCUGUUGAGAUGCUUGUCGAAUCACAGAUCCAGCAGCGUCAUGAUGAUCAUGUUACAGCAAACGAAGAGCGCAAGUUGACCAAAGAAGAAAAACAAGCAAAGCUUGCUGCGAACCAAGAAAAGGAUGCACAAAAGGGACUAUAUAUGUGUGUCUUCAAAAUCAAUACUCUGGCGUAUGGCAAGCACCGCUUCCAGAUCGACAGCAACGCCAAGGAACAUACCCUCACUGGAAUUACACUGUUCAAUCCCGACCUGAAUCUGGUUGUAGUUGAAGGAGGCGCGUAUGCAAUCAACAAGUACAAGAAGCUCAUGCUCCAGCGUAUUAAGUGGCACGAGAAUGGACCACCCACAGAGAACCAGAUGGAGAAGCAAGCCUCGGAUCCGCAAUGGCUGAGACCGCUCACCGACACUGGGGAUAUAAAGGACCACUCGUCCAACAAGUGUACGCUCAUCUUCGAGGGUGAGAUCAAGGAGCGAUCUUUCCGAAAAUGGGGCUCAAGGGUAUGCGAGACCGCUGGUGAAGCUCGCGAGACACUUGGCCGCGCCAAGCUUGACAGCUUAUGGGCGCUUGCUAAGAGUAUCGAAUGAUCGCGGUCUGAGACGAGACAUCAGACGACUAGACUGAGUGUCUGACCAAGUUCACACAGCACAUGGUGUUAGAGGCGUUAUUUUUGCUCGGAAAAACGCAACCCGGGCGUCUGAUAUACGGAGCUUCUUCUUCUUCAUUCCAAAAUGUAAGUUAUACUCAUAACCUCCGAUAGGAUAUCAUGGAAUCUAUGUAUUAAUUCAAC